AAGGAAGUCCCGCCUCGCUCAGAGGGCGGGCUAGCAAGAUGGCGGCGCCCAGGAGCCGGUGAGGUGAGAGGAUACGGGGGUCCUGGGGACUGCUGCACCAGUGCGUUAUGGCCGCGUCCCCGCACACUCUUUCCUCGCGCAUCCUCACAGGCUCAGUAGGAGGAUGUGUCUGGUAUUUAGAGAGAAGAGCUCUACAGGGAUUGCCACACAGGGUCACACAUCUGUUCAGGAAUGUCAAUAAUCAGUGGGUCACGGUCCAGCACUUGAGCUUCCUCAAGCGCAUGUAUGUCACACAGCUGCACAGGGGCCUUAGCCAGCGAGUCAAACCAAAACCAGAGCCACCGGCUUCUCCUUUCCUUGAACACACAUCUUCAGGGCAGGCUAGAGCAGAAGUGGACGAGGUGCCAUCUUUCCCAGCACCCAGUCUGCCUCUGUCCCGGAAGCCAAAUGAGGAGUUGGUGGAGCUGGGGGCAACCUCCAUAAUGGACAAUUCCCUUGACACAGCCAAAGAGAAAAAGGAAGAAAAGCAGUGGAAAGAGAUGAAGCUUCACACUGAUGAUCUGCCUGGCAUUUUGGCCCGGCUGUCCAAGAUCAAACUCACAGCACUUGUGGUAAGCACCACUUCAGCGGGCUUUGCACUGGCUCCAGGCCCUUUCGACUGGUCCUGCUUCCUGCUUACAUCCCUCGGAACCGGCCUCGCAUCCUGUGCUGCCAACUCCAUCAAUCAGUUUUUCGAGGUACCGUUUGACUCAAACAUGAAUAGAACAAAGAACAGGCCUCUGGUUCGUGGACAGAUAAGCCCAUUGCUAGCCGUGUCUUUUGCCACCUGCUGUGCAGUGCCAGGAGUGGCCCUUCUGACCUGGGGAGUGAAUCCACUCACAGGGGCUUUGGGGUUCUUCAACAUUUUCCUGUAUACCUGUUGUUACACACCACUGAAGAGGAUCAGCAUCGCCAAUACCUGGGUUGGAGCUGUGGUUGGAGCCAUCCCUCCUGUCAUGGGCUGGACAGCCGCCACUGGAAGCCUUGAUGCUGGAGCGCUUCUUCUGGGAGGGAUCCUGUACUCCUGGCAGUUCCCGCACUUCAAUGCCCUGAGCUGGGGCCUCCGUGAAGACUACUCCAGAGGAGGCUACUGCAUGAUGUCCGUCACCCACCCAGCCCUCUGCCGGCGCGUGGCACUGCGCCACUGCCUGGCCCUGAUAGCACUGUCAACUGCUGCCCCGGUCCUGGACAUUACCACCUGGGUCUUCCCCAUCAUCUCCCUCCCCAUCAACCUGUACAUCUCCUACCUCGGCUUCCGCUUCUAUAUGGAUGCAGACCGAAAGAGCUCCAGGAAACUGUUCUUCUGCAGCCUGUGGCACCUGCCACUGCUCCUGCUGCUCAUGCUCACCUGUAAGCAGCGGCCUGGGCAGGAGGGGGACAAGGGAGAGGCUCCGAGCUGAAAGCUAGUCAGUCUGUGGGGAACAUGAGAGCAGACACGUGCAGAUAGGCACACAUACAGCACUGCCCUGAGCCAGCAGGAAGGGUAUUUUGGUGAUUUUGGCAAAAGGAGAAUUGGAUGGUAUCAGCUGGUGGCAGAUCAUCUGGUGCUGUGUCAUCGUCACUUACCAGUCCUUUUAAUAUUAAUAUCCAAACUGCUUCCCAAAUAAGAAAGGGACUAUCAUA